AUGCCCAUGAGCGCGAACACCAUGAUCUUCAUGAUUCUGGGGGCGUCGGUCGUGAUGGCCAUCGCGUGCUUGAUGGACAUGAACGCGCUGCUGGACCGAUUCCACAACUACAUCCUCCCGCACCUGCGGGGCGAGGACCGCGUCUGUCACUGCAACUGCGGCCGGCACCACGUGCACUACGUGAUCCCGUACGACGGGGACCAGUCGGUGGUGGACGCUGCAGAAAACUACUUUGUGACGGACAAUGUGACCAAGCAGGAGAUUGACCUCAUGCUGGGACUGCUGCUCGGCUUCUGCAUCAGCUGGUUCCUCGUGUGGGUGGACGGUGUCCUGCACUGCGCCGUGCGCGCCUGGAGGGCUGGCCGGCGCUACGACGGCUCGUGGACCUGGCUGCCCAAGUUCUGCAGCCUGCGGGAGCUGGGCCGGCGACCGCACAGGCCCUUUGAGGAGGCCGCAGGGAACAUGGUGCACGUAAAGCAGAAACUCUAUCACAAUGGCCACCCCAGUCCACGGCACCUCUGAGCCACCUGUAGGACUCGUCAGGGCACGCCCAGCCACUGGCCACUGUACAGAUGUAACAAGGACCUUUGUGGCACUGUGGCCUGGCAGGACUGGAUGGCAGCCUCAGGCCAUGGUGGUCGGCCUCAGAUGGCCGAGC